CAUUACGAAAAUUAAGCACAAAAAUCAGCGUUAGAUGGAUUCUGUUUUGUUUUUUCCCUUGAACAACAUGUUAACAUGUCGACUCCGCGAGUAGGGAGAGUGAAGGAGACGAAGAAGGCAGCACCAGCAGCCUCAAAGCACAACUCCACACGUACCCACUGCCCCUACAACUGCCCGCACUUCUUGCUUUAGACUCGCCACCUCUCUCUCUAUCUCAAGAUCUACCAGAUUUCAAAGCAUGCCAUGUUCGUCUGUACGAUGACGUUUUCUUCCUUCUGUCUUCUUCUUCGUCAUCCCAGAGUUGAUCUUCAUGUUUUUUCGUGAUUCUAAGCUUUGCCCAUUUCAGGAGAAUCACAAUACAUGGCAUGCAUGAGGCUGGGUUCUAAAUCCGAAGCAUUUCAUCUCGAAGGUCAAGCUUGGUACUGCACCAGUGGGCUUCCCAGCGAUGUCACCAUUGAAGUUGGAGAGAUGUCUUUUCAUCUCCACAAGUUUCCAUUGCUUUCUAGAAGCGGGCUGUUAGGAAAGCUUAUUGAAGAGUUUUCCUGUGAGGAUGGAUCAGGGUGUCUUUUGCAGCUUCAUGAUGUGCCUGGUGGAGCUAAAGCAUUUGAGCUUAUAGCCAAAUUUUGCUAUGGUGUUAAAAUAGAGCUCAGUGCUUUGAAUGUAGUCAGCCUUAGAUGUGCAGCAGAGUAUCUCCUAAUGACUGAAGAUUAUGGAGAAGUAAACCUAAUCUCACAAACAGAAGGCUUCUUUAAUGAAGUUUUCGGUGAUUGGACGGACACCAUAAAAGCUCUUGAAACAUGUGAAGAAGUUCAAUCAUAUGCAGAAGAGCUCCACAUUAUUUCAAGAUGCCUAGAUUCCUUGGCCAUGAAAGCUUGCUGUGCAGACCCAAACUUAUUCAAUUGGACUGUAUCUGGAUCCAGUAGCAAGCGGAACGCAGCAGGCAGUGUCAUGUGGAAUGGUAUAUCUUCUGAAAAUAAACCAAACCCUCUUGGGGAUGAUUGGUGGUUUGAGGAUGUCUCAUUUCUUAGCUUGCCCCUAUAUAAACGGCUGAUUUUAGCUGUGCAAUCAAAAGGCAUGAAGCCUGAGAAUAUUGCUGCUUCCCUCAUAUACUAUGCUAGGAGGUAUCUUCCCUUGAUGAAUAGGCAAUCAAGCUUCAAUGAUGCAAAUAAUGUCAAUCCAGGGCCAACCAUUUGUACCAAUUCAGAGGCAGAUCAAAGGACUCUACUUGAAGAGAUUGUAGGGCUGCUUCCUAAUAAGAAGGGAGUCAUAUCCACCAAGUUUCUGCUUAGGCUACUCCGCACGGCUAUGAUCUUACAUGCAAGUUCCUCAUGCAGAGAAAAUUUGGAGAAAAGGGUUGGAACCCAGUUGGACCAAGCUGUGCUUGUAGAUCUUCUCAUACCAAAUAUGGGUUACUCAAUAGAAACCCUGUAUGAUAUAGACUGUGUUCAGAGGAUUGUUGAUCAUUUCAUGUCACUAAAUCAGGCACCUGCACCUUCUUCUCCAAGCAUAAUUGAAGAGGGCCAAUUGAUGAGUGGGACAGAUGCUCUGACACCUAUUACUAUGGUGUCUGGUCUGCUGGAUGGAUAUCUUGCUGAGGUGGCACCAGAUGUUAAUUUGAAGUUGCCAAAGUUUCAGGCGCUGGCUGCUGUUAUCCCUGAUUAUGCCCGGCCACUUGAAGAUGGCAUUUAUCAUGCAAUUGAUAUAUACCUGAAGGCACAUCCUUGGCUAACAGAUUCUGAGAGGGAGCAACUCUGUCGACUUAUGAACUGCCAGAAGCUCUCUCUGGAAGCCAGCACCCAUGCAGCCCAGAAUGAGAGGCUACCUCUUCGAGUAAUUGUGCAAGUUCUCUUCUUCGAACAGCUUCGACUCCGGACAUCAAUUUCAGGUUGGUUUUUUGUUUCUGACAAUCUUGAGAACUCUCAAAAUCCCAGUGGAAACCUCGAGCUUCCCAAAAAUGAUGUGUCGCGUCAAGUGGACCUUGUACAAGACAGAGUAGUGGGUGUUGAGAACAUGAAGGAACGUGUUUUGGAGCUUGAAAAGGAGUGUUCAAGCAUGAGGAGGGAACUUCACAAGUUGGCUAAAACAAAGAAAAGUUGGUGCAUUCUUCCUAAAAAGUUAGGUUUUGGGAGAAGGUCACCGCCUUGCAAUUCAAAAGAAUCAUAGUUCUGCUAUUUAAAGGCACCAGCAUUAUCAAUGAAUGGACAAAAAAAGAACACGAAAAUGGUGAGGUGGCUCAUAUGGAUUUCGAAGGUCCAACUGGAUAUAUAAAUCUUUUUUGUACCUGUAUUUUAACUUCUUUUUCUAUUUGUUGAAAGCCAGAUAGCUGCCAUAGUGCCAUUCUUUUAUCUGUGGUGUAGGCAAUGAUCAAAUUGCUGUGUUGUUUAGGAUUUAGGUUGUAAGUCGAUCCAUUUAUUAAAUUAUUCUAAUUUACUUGAAAUGACAACAUUGCUAAGCUUGUGAGCUAUUUAUGAAUAAAUGUUUAUGGAAGAAACAUAUGCUCCAAAAAGUGGAGUAGCUGGGUCAGGACUUCUUGUGGCAUUCAU